UCGGGCGUCAUAGAUUAACGCUCUCACCAUAUUUAGCCAGUCAGAGCCCCCGAGGAGGCGAGCGAGCGAGCGAGCGGUGGAGAACCGGGCUGGAAACGCGACAAAACGGGUUCUGGACUUGACAUUUUGACAGCGCUUAAGGACGAGAUAAAGUGUCGGAAAAACAACAACCCGAGUCAUUUUACAGCUGUUUGGUUUGUUGAGAAGAGUCGCUUUUCGGAUGGGAAUUUCGGCUAAGCGAGCGAGCAAGCAGGCUGGCUAGCUAAGUUAGCAUGGCACCCAGCUAGCUAAACUUUUAGCUACUUCGCGAGCGCAGAUGCGAGUCAUUCUUGUCACGAGCAAAAAAAUAAAUAAAUAAAAAUGUUUCGCUGUAUUUGUUCUUCUGGGUAGUUGAGUGGAAUUUCUGGACGUUAGACUAUCCUUCAACAAGCUGCCGUGUACUGUUAGCUAGCUCCGUCGUUCUGUCAGGGCAAGCGGUGAAGAGUGACCGCGAGUCCGUGGUUGAGUCGCGGGGAGACGGAAGAGCCCGUGAAGCCCGGGGCGGCCCAUCUCGCCCCGCGAGUAACGCCAUUUCUAACCGCAUAUCUGGACGAGAAUCUUUACAAAUAGCACAUUUGGGUUGUAUCUGGGAUUUUCAUUGGAUUUUUUUUCUCGGAAAGCCGGAGUUUUCUUCUUCUGUGAGCCGGGGAAGGAACCGGACAGAGAGCCUCAUGAAUGGAAAUCGGAACUUCAGGAGUCGUUGGGGCCCAGUCCCUGUUCUCCAUGCCCCGGAGGCCUGGCUAUGGCACCAUGGGGAAGCCCAUCAAGCUGCUGGCCAACUGCUUCCAGGUGGAGAUCCCCAAGAUGGACGUCUACCUCUACGAGGUGGACAUUAAACCUGAGAAGUGCCCACGCAGAGUCAACAGAGAGGUGGUGGACUCCAUGGUGCAGCACUUUAAGGUGACCAUCUUCGGGGAUCGCCGGCCAGUCUACGAUGGAAAGAGAAGCCUUUACACAGCAAACCCACUUCCUGUGGCCCCCACAGGGGUGGAUCUGGACGUCACGCUGCCAGGAGAAGGGGGCAAAGACAGGCCAUUUAAAGUCACCAUUAAGUUUGUGUCGCUGGUCAGUUGGCACCUGCUGCAUGAGGUACUGACUGGACGCAGCAUGCCCGAGCCCCUUGAGCUGGACAAGCCCAUCAGCACCAACCCGGUGCAUGCCGUGGACGUGGUGCUCAGACACCUGCCCUCCAUGAAAUACACUCCAGUGGGCCGCUCGUUCUUCUCCGCUCCGGAGGGCUAUGACCAUCCUCUGGGAGGAGGAAGAGAGGUCUGGUUCGGCUUCCAUCAGUCCGUUCGACCCGCUAUGUGGAAGAUGAUGCUCAACAUUGAUGUGUCAGCCACGGCCUUUUACAAAGCACAGCCAGUCAUCCAGUUCAUGUGUGAGGUCCUGGACAUCCACAACAUUGACGAGCAGCCCCGCCCCCUCACCGAUUCGCACCGAGUCAAGUUCACCAAAGAAAUCAAAGGUCUUAAGGUGGAGGUGACGCACUGUGGAACCAUGCGGAGGAAGUACCGAGUGUGUAAUGUGACUCGCCGACCUGCCAGCCAUCAAACGUUCCCCUUGCAGUUGGAAAAUGGACAAACGGUGGAAAGGACUGUUGCUCAGUAUUUUCGAGAAAAGUACAACCUGCAGCUGAAGUACCCACACCUGCCGUGUCUGCAGGUCGGCCAGGAGCAGAAACACACCUACCUGCCCCUGGAGGUGUGUAACAUCGUAGCAGGGCAGCGAUGCAUCAAGAAACUGACUGAUAAUCAGACGUCCACUAUGAUCAAAGCCACAGCGCGCUCAGCACCGGACCGACAGGAGGAGAUCAGCAGACUGGUACGCAGUGCCAACUAUGAGGCCGAUCCGUUUGUGCAGGAGUUCCAGUUCAAGGUUCGGGACGAGAUGGCUCACGUGACGGGCCGUGUGUUGCCCGCGCCCAUGCUGCAGUACGGGGGCAGGGUGAGCUCAGAGAACUUUCUGAACCGGACCGUGGCCACGCCCAGUCACGGUGUGUGGGACAUGCGGGGAAAGCAGUUUCACACUGGUGUAGAGAUCAAGAUGUGGGCCAUCGCAUGCUUUGCCACACAGAGGCAGUGCCGCGAGGAGAUCCUUAAGGGGUUCACAGAUCAGCUGCGCAAGAUCUCGAAGGAUGCCGGGAUGCCCAUCCAGGGCCAGCCGUGUUUCUGUAAGUAUGCGCAGGGAGCCGACAGCGUGGAGCCCAUGUUCAGACACCUUAAGAACACCUACUCCGGCCUGCAGCUCAUCAUCGUCAUCCUGCCUGGGAAAACUCCUGUCUAUGCGGAGGUGAAGCGUGUAGGAGACACUCUUCUAGGAAUGGCCACUCAGUGUGUGCAGGUGAAGAACGUGGUGAAGACGUCACCGCAGACGCUCUCCAACCUCUGCCUCAAGAUCAACGUCAAACUCGGCGGCAUCAACAACAUCCUGGUACCACAUCAACGGCCAUCAGUGUUCCAGCAGCCUGUGAUCUUCCUGGGUGCAGAUGUCACACACCCUCCUGCUGGGGACGGGAAAAAGCCGUCCAUCGCUGCGGUGGUAGGCAGUAUGGAUGCCCACCCCAGUCGGUACUGUGCCACUGUGCGGGUGCAGAGGCCGCGGCAGGAAGUGAUUCAGGACUUGGCCUCCAUGGUACGUGAGCUCCUCAUCCAGUUCUAUAAGUCCACUCGAUACAAACCCACCCGGAUCAUCUUCUACAGGGACGGAGUGUCCGAGGGCCAGUUCAGACAGGUGCUGUAUUAUGAACUGCUGGCUAUCAGGGAGGCCUGCAUUAGCUUGGAGAAAGAGUACCAGCCUGGCAUCACCUACAUUGUGGUGCAGAAACGCCACCACACCCGCCUGUUCUGCGCUGACCGCAAUGAGAGGGUGGGCCGCAGCGGAAACAUUCCUGCUGGUACGACUGUCGACACAGACAUCACACACCCUUACGAGUUUGACUUUUACCUCUGCAGCCAUGCUGGAAUACAGGGCACAAGCCGCCCCUCUCACUACCAUGUGCUGUGGGACGACAACUGCUUCACAGCCGACGAGUUCCAGCUGCUCACCUACCAGCUGUGCCACACGUAUGUGCGCUGCACACGCUCUGUCUCCAUCCCCGCACCUGCCUACUACGCCCACCUGGUGGCCUUCCGUGCCCGCUACCACCUGGUGGAUAAAGAGCAUGACAGUGCCGAGGGAAGCCACGUCUCUGGUCAGAGUAAUGGCCGAGACCCCCAGGCUCUGGCCAAAGCUGUGCAGAUUCACCAUGACACCCUGAGGACCAUGUACUUCGCCUGAGAGCCCUGAUUCAUCCCACUCGCUCGCCCACACACCUCCUCCUAAAUGCGGACCGGACACUGUGCGGCAGGAAGCGGGGGGGUGGGGGGUUCAUGGGGGUCUCGCCAAUCCCAAAUCCGGCCUGAGAGUGCACACCUGCUUUAAUCCCACACCCAAAACUGAGCACUGUUAUGCAAUAUUAAACCAGCCAACCACGUUUUCUUAUUUAUUUUGGAGGAAGGUGACCCUUGCACCAAACAAAAGGGAGUUUCCCCCCCCGUCUGUCUGCUUGAUUUGUUUACCUCAAGGUUGUAACAGCAGCACUUUGACCGCCCAGUUUUUGCAGAAUGACACUCCAGGAAAGCUGAAAGGAGUUAGGAAAGGGACGAGUUUGUCUUCUGCUAGAUCAACGAGUGUCAGUUGUUAUGAAUUAUACUUUAGGAAUAUCUCAAAAAUUCACACACAAGCUCUAAUUAUAAGUGCCACCCAUUAGGGCCAGAUGAUAUUACAAACUGCUUUUUUUUUUUUUUCUUUUUUUUCCUUUUCCAUAGAGCUUCAUUUGUUUCCCUCAAGCUUCGUGCCGAGUUAGUCCUCCCAUGGUGGUCCUGCUCACUGAGCUUUCAUUUACUACAAUGCAAAGUGAUCUUAUUUUUAAUGUUUAUGUGUAUAAAAUUGUAGGUUUUUUUUUUUUUUUUGGUUUUGUUUUUAAUUGCUCCCAGUAUUUAUUUUCCUGUUUUAGAUGAUUUUAGAUUUUUUUUUUCCCAGCAUUCUCUUUUCUCCCUUCUUUUUUUCUUUCUCUUGUUUUAAACACCAAGUAGAGGCCAUGUUAUAGGACAGAUUGUGAUAUUCCGGUUUUAGUGCAAUAAUGGAUCAGCGCCUAUGUAGAGUACAGCUUUCUGGAUCAUGUGAGAAUGGAACAGGGAUAAGGAUGUGAGGAUAAUGAUAGCAACCCAGCGCUCUGUAUGUGAAUAGGAGUUGGAGGGUUGUAGAAUAUAAGGUGGAAACGUGUAUGUUUGGCGCUUUUACAGUUGCAUGCGCAUAUUCAAAAAAAUAUAUAUAAUAGGUAAUAAAUUAGUAGAUCUCUUUGAUGAGGGUUCAAAAUCAAGUGCCUGGUUUUAGAAAAGGAAUAUUUUCUAGAAGGUUUUUUUUUGUUAAUGAAAGAUUUUAAGAAAAUGGUUAAUGCAGUGCAUUAAGAUGCCCAAGAGUGCAGUUUUGCUGGAGUUGUGAUUUUUAAAAAGGCUUCGAGGUCACAACUUUAUUCGAUUGCAGAAAGCCAUGAUCUGUUCUUAACUUCUGUUUUGCGAUGGAAUGACGUUAAGAAUUUCUUUCACUGAUCAGUAUUGUGUGGCCUUUAGGUCAUCUUUGGAUUCAGUACGAGUCCUUCAUAGCCGUGUAACUCUCCCAGCUUUUUAUCCUACACAGCAGAAACUUAUCCCAUCGUCUGCCACUUCUGAUCAGGAUCUAGCUGCUAUUAUACAGGUUCCUUUGACGAGACUGACGGUGUGCUUCAGGUUCAUUCAAGGACGAAAGAGAGUGAGGUGAUGCAGCAGCACAUGGUGUGUGUGUGCACGCUUGUUCACCAGAGGGCCAGUAGAGGGCAGUGUGGAGUUUUACUUGCAGGCUCUCUUGCUCCUUCUGAAGCACGUCCCGUUUUGUAAGCGAGGGGACAGUAACCUGCACUAAUUAAAGCUGAAUAAAGCUUGGUGCUAUACUGUGCGUCGUUUAUGGCGCACACUACAGAGAUUUUGAUGUGAGGGUGGGAACAUGGAGUGUGCAAAUGGUGCUGGCUACAUAUCUCUUUUUGUUGGAACAGACAUUUGGGUUGUGUUUGAUUAGGUGUGCUGAAGAGGACAGCUGUGGUACCUAUGACGCCUAAACCUCAAACCAGUUCAUGUCAUGCUAAAUGGUCCCUGAUGGCAUCUAUCACUUUAAUAACUUACUGGAAAAAUCCGACUUCCUUUCCAAUCCAGAGUUGACGUAUUUAUAACUUUUUUUGUUUUUAAAUUAUUUCAUAGACAAAAAUGUAGUUUUACUGACUUUAUGUUACUAAAUACUAUAGACAGCGGUAAUGGUGCAAGAUUAUGUUAUGUAGAGACUGUGCUUUAAGGCUGUACUUUGUGUCUGAAGCAUCUUCUGAGCAGAGAUAUUAGUGCAUGUGCUAAAGUUGAACAUCACAGUGAGCUUGAAUGCAUCACCAUCUAAUCAGGUGAUACAGUGUAGUGUAUAAAGUUUGUACCAAUCCUGUUUCUCAUUUUUAAAACAAUACGAAUAUUCUAGUACUAGUAGUACCAAUACCAAGGAACAAAGCCUGCUCAUUGCAAGCUUCUGUCACCAGUUUAUGUAAAUCAUCACAAGCAUGUUGGUGUGCUUUAGGACAGUUUAUGUCCUAUGGUAAUGUGCAAGAUCUGUGUUGUAUAUUUUAACACCACAUGUUCACAACAUAAAAGACAUCACUGAAUCGGAUAAUCUGUAAGUUAAAACCUGAUCCAGUGCUGAUAUCGAUACUGUGAUGAGUAUGUCUUUAAAUAAUGGAACCACUAUCGGAGUUAGUAUGGUUGAUCAUCAGUUUUGACCCACCAUGACAGUGUAGAGUAUUUAUAAAUUCUUGUUUAAGGAAGGUUCUGGUAGCAGAUGUUGUGAAUAAAGCUGUGUAGCAUGUUGGACCGGAUGGUGCUUAGUGUGUAGCAGUUGUAUUUUGCCUCAUGAGUAUUCUCAGCUUCACAUAAUUUUUGUUCAGCACAGUGGCUGACGUUUUGCUAUCCUUUCAUGAGGACUGAAGUCGACUCGAACCGCAAUCGAACCGAAACUCCUAGGCCUUCCCCUUUUCAGUGUUCAGUGUAAAACGUGUGGAGCCAAAAGAGGUUAAAGUCCUUAGAAAGUGCCUUUCCUCAUGACGGUGCUGAAGAAUCCGAAUUUAAGUGACAGAUCAAACAGUUUUCUUUAUCUUACCUUGCACACAUGCAGACGCAUGCACAAGCUUACAUUCAGACAUUUUUCAUCUAAAGAACGAGGCUUGGUGAAGUCUCUGUGUAUAUUCAGUUAUAACGUUGAUAAUAUAUGCCAAGUAUAACAAAAAAAUGUAUAUGAUUGAGCUCUGGGUUUUGUGUCAGGACCAGCGGGGAAGGUGUUCAGGGGGAAUUGGUACACAGCCUGACAUGGAGAGAAAAGCCUAGCACUGCACUUUAAAGACUGCCACCCAAACCGGAAGUAAAGACUGAUUUUCUUUCUGAUUGUUUGGGAUUUUUGUUUUUUAUCUUCUAAGCAUGUAGGCAUGUGCCGGACAAAAGAUCAGACUAUCCCGGCAUCCCAUUUAGGAGGAUGUUGCCUAGAUAGGUGGCUUUUAUGGGCAGUGUUUGCACUCUGAAGGUAGUGCAGUCUCACUAUUUAAUGCCUGAAAUUAGCCCCGCCCCCGGGUGGAACAAGACUGUUCAGUAGCUCCUUAUAAAUACUCCUGAAAUGUGUGUAGUUUAAGAGAAAUUUAAGACAUCUCCCAAAGCAGCUCUUAAUUACAAUUUUAAUCUGAUAAGUCGUGAUGAAACAUUAGACAGAAAUUUAAGAAUUUAAUAUCGGCACAUGCCUAUUCGACAGUCGAGAUUUAAGUUUGGCUCCCCGCUGGUUUGAGGUCAUUUCAGGUGGCUUUGUCACCACUCGUGCAAUGCCCUAUAGAGAGUACUUACAAAUAUCAUGAGUCUAUUUUAUUACCUUCACUUUUGACCUGGAGUAUUAGGGUCAAGAAUUAGAGACCCCUCAGGCGCUUGUCGGUCACAUGGGUGCCCGUCGGUCCAGGAGGAAAUACCUCUUACAAGAGAUCUCGAAACACUGCACCUCACUGACCUUGGUAUGCUGCAAAUGUUCAAGUAAACGAGUUAAACUGCAAACAUUGCUUUGAUUACAGUAUCAGUGCUAGAUUUAAUGCCUGACAACAUUUAUCCUUAACUAUUUGAGUAGAUUGUAAGAAGUGGGUUUUUUUUGUGUGUGAGUGUCUCUUUAACACUUCUUUCUGUUUAUUGAGCCAACUUUUCAUUUUUGUCUUAUUUAAUUUUUUUUUCUUUUAAUAUAUUCGAAAUAUAUAUGCGAAAUAUUUUAUGGUGUAUUUAUUAAAAGCGUUCUAAAGUGCGGCUGGAGUGUCCGCAUAGUAGGCAGCAUUACAGAGGGGGGAAGGAGGGGCAGCAAGAGGGCGCCACAUCCCAAACAAGCAGUCCUCACUCUUGUGUUAGACGAGAGCCCUUCAGAUCCAGUGCUGAAGAGCCGAUUUCUUUUUAAAACCAGUCUCCCAGAAUCGUCUGGUUUCCCUGAUUAGUGCUGGGAUGGAAUCCUGUGCACAGUUUGACAUUUUGGAAAGUUGAAGAAUGUUAGUCAGGUUGAAUCAGAAGUGUGCUGAUAAUCAGUUGUACAAUAUAUCAUGACACUCAGCACUUUAGUGUUAUCAUCAUGGACAGAUGAAAAAUAUCAUUACCCCUGUGUUAUAUAUGUUUGUGCUUCAUUCAGAAGGCUUCCUCAUUUUGGACAAAAAUGACCCGCAUGGAGAAGGCAAUCCCACAAUUCUGUUCACCAUGGGUUUUAAAAGAAAUAAACACUUUUAUUUACAGUAAUACAGUUUGCAAACCUAAAUUCAGCACGUCUAAUUAUUGAGAGAUGUUAUCAGGACUGGAUCUUCAACAACGCUAAGCAAUCUUUAAACACAGUGAGGGUGACUGCGAACAUGAUGUUGUAUUAAGGCAUAACAUAGUAUCUUCAAGAAAUUAUUCUCCCUUGGCAUAUUCUUAGGCAUGACGUGGAGCAGAGUUACUGUUACCACCUAUAACAACACAUCCUGAAUUGUUUUAUCCCUCUUAUACCACAGCGAAUUGCAAACUAUUACAAUGUUUCUACAUUACAAUUUAUUAAAGAGAGACAUGUCAUAUUUUUUUAAUCCAUUUAUAGUUACACGUAAUGUCAAAUGUCUGCUUAAAUUUAGUUCCUGUUACCACUUGCAUUCUAAAACCUAAAAACAGUCGUACUGUCACCACCCUUUCUUUUUUUUCUCCUAUAAAAUUAGCAAGACAAAAAAAUGCAGCUUGUCAUAUUACUGAGAAACCAAAAGCACAAACUCAUGUAUCUCCUUUGUCGGAGAACUUGCUGACUGUUACAAAGGAGCUGACACUGAAGACUUCUUCCAUAAAUGUUGAAUAAACGUCUCCUAACAGAAACUUCUAUGAUUUUGCUGUAGAAAUGAGACCGUUGCUGUAGAAGUGAUAACGUUAGAAUGGGUGCAUUGUUAUAAACCUGUGAUUUGAAUUGUAGCCAGCGUUACUGUCAAAGCUGCUGUUGUAAAAAAAAUAAAAUUUAA